AUGUCGCCUGCAGCCCCUGCACUUGCCACAAUCGGCAUCCUCUCUAUUGGGGACAUGGGCCUCGGCAUAGCCAAGCUGCUCCAUGCCCACGGCUUUGCGGUGGCGACAAAUUGUCACGGUCGAAGCCCCGAUACCAUCAAGAGAGCUGAAGCGGCUCUCGUGACCAUGUAUGCCACGGAUGAGGAGCUCGUCGGUCAUUGUGAUGCCAUUCUGUCUGUGGCGCCGCCUCGCGAUGCCGCCGAGAUUGCAGAGCGAAUUGUCCGUGCUCUCUCGCCAGCCGCAAGAGCGGACAAGGAACCGCUCUACUUUGCUGACAUGAAUGCCGUCGCGCCCUCGACCGCCCGCGCCCUCGCCAGUCUCGUGGACUCGGCCGGCCCCCUGGUGCACUUCAUCGACGGGUCCAUCAUCGGCGGGCCCCCGUCCGCGACGGCGGAUGGCGCCGGCUGGAGCGCGCCAGUCAUGUACACGUCAGGCCCGCACCGGUUCGAGGACGUGCCUCGCUGGGGCGCGCAGCUGACGUCGGCGCUUCGCAUCCGCCACAUGGGGGAUGCGAUUGGCGCCGCUAGCGGGCUGAAGAUGUGCUUUGCGUCGCUGAGCAAGGGCUAUACCGCCAUCGCUCUCCAAGCGUACACGAGCGCGCAGUCCAUGGGCGUGCUGGGGGAGCUGCAGACGGUGCUGGCCGAGAUGGCGCCGCAGCGCGCGGCGGAGACGCAGAGGGGCCUCGUCUCCAUGGCACCCAAGGCGUACCGGUGGGUGCGCGAGAUGGAGGAAAUUAGCAAGACGCAUGCCGAAGAGGGCGGCUUCGGCCCCGAACUGUUUCUCGGAGCCGCCGCCGUGUACCGUGCCGUUGCUGAGGAGACGGUGCUGGGCCAGGAGACGAUUGGGGAGAGAAGGAGAGGGACUACGGCAGAGGAUAUCGCUGUAGCAAUGGUGGAGGGUCUAGAAGGUCGGAAGAGCCUGAAGAAGGAUGACUGA